UGCACUAAUUAUUUUGUUAGUACGUAGUAGAUAGAUGGCGUAAUAAUCAUCCACCAAAAUAUGCCAAGUAUUACGUGAAAUCCUUCCUAUAAAAUGAGUGUACUUUUCUAGUGGAUAAUACACGUCAAUUUACUGGUACCCAGUGUUCAUCAUGCCUGUGUUAGUACUCCAACCUCCAUCCCUUCCUCCUCUCCAGACCUACAUUGCUCUAAGCUGUCUCAGUCUAGCCUGGUGCUUCUUGUAUGCCAGAGAGACACUCGAGACGGUAGAGAACGCUGGGUUGACCCACCAGGCACCAGACUCGAGCAAAGAGACUCUUGGUGACGAUGGUAGAGGUCCUUCAGGAGGAUGGUCUAACGGGGCAAAUGAGAGCGAGACGUCACGGUACUUGUUUGGAAUACAAGCGGACGAUGGAGAGAUUAUUAAACUGUGCCGAAUUAUGAUGGCAGAUGUCUGGUCGGUGUUGUCGUUGAUCAACUUGGCCUUCUGUCUUCUUGUCUUGGUGGGACGUUUGUUGCAGCAUAUUGUUUUUGGAGAACUCCGUGCCAGUGAGAGACAGCAUCUCCGAGACAAAUUAUGGAAGUUUAUCUUCUAUAAGUUCAUCAUCAUCUUUGGUGUUCUGAACGUCCAAACCUUGGAGGAGAUGGUGAUGUGGAUGGUAUGGUUUGCUGCCCUCGCUUUCCUCCAUACACUGUCCGGACUCUGUAAAGAUCGAUUUGAAUAUCUGUGUUUCUCACCUUCCCCCAUGGGUUGGGCUCACGGCAAGGUAUUGUUUCUGCUAGCUACCAUUUUGUGUAUGUGUAAAGGUCUGAUUUUCAUCUGCUGCUACAUGGGUGCACUGCAAGACUGGAAUGUCUUUCUCUUUACCAUCUCGGAGGUUAUUCUGCUGGAGAUCAGGACCGUGUACGUUCUCAUCAGAUAUGGAAUCCAUUUCUACGAUCUUCACUACGAGGGUGUUUGGGAGAAACGAGGUACCAUCAUGUACUACUCAGAUCUUAUUAUGGAGCUUUCUGCACUGUGUGUGGACUUUGUGCAUCAUUUCCAUAUGCUGCUCUGGGGCAAUGUGUUUCUGAGUAUGGCAAGUUUGGUGAUCUGCAUGGAGCUACGUUUCCUGUACAGUGAAAUCCAACGACGAAUCAAACGUCAUCGCAACUUCAGACAGGUUGUGAGCAAUAUGGAGGCAAACUUCCCCUUAGCGACAGAUGAAGAACUAAGAGAGAAUAAUGACGAUUGUGCCAUCUGCUGGGAAGAAAUGAAGAAUGCUCGGAAACUGCCCUGUAAUCAUCUCUUUCAUAAUAACUGUCUGCGAUCCUGGUUAGAGCAUGAGACAUCGUGUCCGACGUGUCGACACACCCUGAAUAUCCGACCUACAGACCAGCCGACAGUACCUACAGCUACUCCUCAUGCUCAUGGCGUCGGUGCGGCUAUGAUGGAUCCGAUGAUGCGAGAUGGACAGGCACAACCGGUGCGACCAAGGAGAGGCAGAAACCAUUUCUUUCAUUUCGAUGGUUCCCAAAUUGCCAGCUGGAUACCAAGUUUCUCCGUUGAGGUUUCACAUCGUCAUUUACUGCAGCAGAGAGCUGUACAUACUUCACAACUCACUAACAUGGCCACUCAGGUCCAGCAGAUGUUUCCAAAUUAUCCAGUGGAUGUACUCCUUGAAGAUCUGCGAGUCACACAGGCUGUUGAAGUUACUAUCGAUAACAUCUUAGAAGGAAGAUUAGUGCUGCCGCCUGAAACCACUGAAGCAAGUGCUGCCACUCCAGCCGACGCUAUCCAAACCCCUUCAUCCAACGCAUCCCUAAACGCCAACGCCAACACAAGACGGACAGGAGAAAGCCCAUCUUUAUACGACACACCAGGGAGGUCGGUAGAGGCCGACGUGGUGAGGCAGAGGUCAGCAGCGGCCGACGUGGUGAGACAGAGGUCGGUAGCGGCUGAUAUGGUGAGACGAUUUGGUGAGAUGGAAGAGAUGGUUCAGAAUGAUAGACAUCAAGGAGUUGAUGAACGCGGUGAUCGAUUCGCUGAGAUGGCUUCAGUCUCUACCUCAAGUGUUGGUGAUGAUGGGAAUGUUCCCUUCACAGACGGUCCCCAAGCCCUCCCCGGUAGAUUCUCAAAAUCCUCAGCAGAGAGAGAAACCAUUCUUAGACAACGAAAAGAAUUAUUAAUGAAGCUCGCAAGAAGACGAUUCCAAGACAAGCAGGCACAUUCCACCAAAACCACCACAUCCUCCAUUGUAACCAACCAAUCAGCUUCAAACACCUUAAGAACCCAGUCAGCCAAUCAGAAUCCUUCCUCUAGAGAAUCAUCGACAAGCUUAGCAGCGGGUGCUACAGCGCCCUCUAGUGGUGAAGAGGACCGUGCGCAGAAGCGUUUCGCUGCGUACGAAGCGGCUAUGAGGAGAAUGAACCAGCAACAUUAAGGCAAGAAAAAUAAAAACCAUUUUGAAUUAAAUGUUAUCACACUAUAUUAACAAAUUUUCCCUGAGACAACUCUGUCAAUGCCGGUUUUUUUGUUUGCAUUUUGAGCCUAAAAUGCUGAGCUUUUUUAGCUUUUCUAGAAUAGGAAAAGUUAAUAAUACACGAUACAAAAUGCUGAUUUGGGUUGGGACUUGGCCCCGAAGUAAAAAACCCUCAGCAGGAUGUUGGACCAGACAAUUAUGGUUGACGGGAAUCUCCUAGUGGUUCGAUUCCCGGCCAGGGCCAUAUGUGAGUCGAGUUGUGCGUUGGUUCUCUGCUGUGCCACGUGGGUU